ACUUUAUUGGUGAUACGUCAGUCUGUUGAAUUAUUUUGAUUUUCGUGGAAAUAAUUACUGUACACUAGUCCUUCGUCAGUCAUUAAAAACUCUGCUCAGUGUUCCGAGUAAACAGAGUGCCAGUGCCAAGUGUAACUAAAAUGUGCGGUAUAGGGCCUCUUCAAUCACUCUUCUUUUCGUUCCACAAGCAGCAAUCACUGUUGUUUAUGCAUUGAUUUGUUAUCGUAGCUGAAAACCAGCACACUUCUGCGGCCAUGGAAGUAAACCCUUUAAACAUUUUCUUCGUGAAGUCGGACAGUAAAGGAGAUAGGUUGCUGUUCAGAUAUCCUUACACGUGUGAGAAUAGAGAUGAAAGUAAGCAGAAGAAAUGUGGCCGCCUUAAUCCUUAUGCAGUUAGUUCGGCGGAGGACCUACUGCAGAACCCACAGUCUCAGACAUCUAACAUUUGCAAGGGGCAAUUGAGCGGCUUCACAGAUGAAAUGCUAUCCACCCUGUUCGCGGUGAAAGCUGAGCUGUGCAACAGAAAAUUUGAACUUAAAGUAAAUGAUGUGCGGUUUGUGGGGCACCCCACCCUGCUUCCGUACCGGACUAACAAGGAUGAUACUGCGGCCAUGAUACUGAUUAAUAUUGUUUUUGCGCUUCAAGCAUCGGCUAGUCAUUCUAUUGUCAAGUGUUACUAUGAUCUCAGUAAAAGACUGGGUAAAGCACUAAGACAUGAAGAAAAAAGGUGCUCAUAUUUAACAGAGGAAAUGAAAAUUAUGUUAGCAGCUCACGACGAACUAUCGGCGUUAGAUAGCGAAAGUAAUUCCGGCGAGAAUGACGAAGAGGAGGAGAACUCCCGGCACUCCGUCAGUUCCACCACGUACACAGACUUGGGGACGGAGUCACCGCGGUCCGCGUUCCACCUCAUACUGCAGCGGAGCUCGCUGGCCAGGGCCAUGAAGUCGGUGUUCGAGGAGCUGAGCAGCACUGGUCUAGUCCAAGUACGGAUAAACAAGUGGGUACUCCUCUCCUUCUGUUUGCCUCACAAGGCCCACCAAAUCCACAACAGAGGGCUCAUUAUAGAGCCAGAAACCAUAGACAAAUGUUUGCAGAAACUAAAGCCAUAUCAUGGGAUGCUUCUUAUGGUGAACCCGAAUGACUUAUUGGCAUCAAUACCUCUGGACGGAAGCCCGGCGUUGCUGAGGCUGAUAAAGUUGUAUAGUCCUUUGAAGAGUCUGCAGACUAUUGCUAUUGAAGCGGAUUUGAGUCUCACACAGGUUUUCCAGCUGACCGGUCACUUAGUAUACUGGGCUAAAGCGACCGUCAUAUACCCGCUUUGUGAAGGAAAUGUGUACGUAGUAGCACCCUGCGCUAACGUUCACACACAUUCGCCGCUGGUCGAAGAGUUCGCCAAGGAGUUCCCCGGCCUGUGCCUGCUGCAGAUGUUAAGCGAGUUUUCGCUGCCCGCGCCGCUGUGGUACAUAUCGCGCGGCGGCGUGGGCGGCGGCGCGCGGCUCGGCCGCGUGGUGGCGUGGCUGCUGCGGCGGCGCUUACUCCUGCAGCUGCACACCUACGUGCAGUUCAACUCGCCGCACUGGGGGCCCGACACCACCCCAGAUGGCAAAGAGUAUUUCUGCGAGAAGCAUGAUGGCUACAACAGAUCUUGCAGCGUUUCCUUCUCAUCACUAAAUCAGAUGCAGCUGAAUGUCCCCGAGCCAGUUGAGCCAAGAGUCAGCUCCAACACCUUCCCCGACUCCGAUGAAGACUAUCCCACAGAGAAUAACCUUAAUCAAACAGACUUCUCACACACGAAACCAAUUGUUAUAGAAUCUGACCAUACAAAAUUUGGGUUCAGUGAAGCAGAUUCAGCCAAUCACAGCUUCGACGACGGUGUAGAUGUUGUAGACGGCCUGAUAAAAACAAACGGUGAACAUGAGAAGGAUAAGAAGAAACAAGGAAAUUCUGUCGACAGUGGGAUAUCUAACAACAUCAAUGGUGUUAAUGUUACAGAGAACGGUGUGAAUGAACCUAAAUUAACGUCAAGAUUGUCGAACUUGUCUUUGAAAGACACUGAAAGCACUUUAAAUACGAGUAGCGACGAGGACAGAUUCGAAAGCGAUCAUGAUGUGUCGCCGAGGAUCAAGAAUGUUAACGGGUACACGAAUGGUGUGGAAAAGAAGAACGGGGUAUCGCUGAAUCUGAAAUUACAGAGUGAAAUGAGCUUUCAGCCGCCGACAGUUUGGAGCGUCCCAGCGAGCUGCGACGUGGUUGACGCCUGCCGGAUACCCACGGAGCCACCCAGUACCGAGUCUCUAUUGGACACGUUCACCCCUGAGGAACGUGCCGCGUUAGCUGACAUACCCGCCUCUAAACACACCGAUGAUCUGUUACUACUAGCUCAGUUACACAAGAAAGGCUACCUACGAGGCGAGCAGCAUCUCGAAGAGAUAAUGUUCAUGGAGAAUGUCACUCGAUCACAGCUGAUGCAACUACUCGACAAGUUCAAGGACGUGCUCAUCACCUUCGAAACUGAGGACCCUGCCGUCGCUAUGCUAUAUCCAUACCAAUAAUACCACGUACAUUUUUAUUUCAUACAAUUUUGAGCUCUAAGUAUGUACAGGUAGAGUCCAUGCAACCAAAAACACACGAAUAAAUUAUGCUCCGGCACAGGAUGGUAUUCCAUCUGUCCAAUUUCUUUGUCUAAUGUGCAUUGCGUCUCACUCUCUCAUUAAGCAAAAUGUGUGAUGCAAAUACACAUUGAACCAAUAUAUUGGACAGAUGGAAUACCACCCACACCCAUAUUGUCAGUAGAAAAGGCGGCAAAUUUAAAAGAAGGUAGGCGCGAAGGGUUGUUCCAUAGAAAAUUUGAAUUUCGCGCAUUUUUCUACUGACAAAGCCUUUGAAAUUGCCCUUCUGCCGCCAUACUAUAUUGGGAAGGACAUUGACGUAUAUCUCAGGACUGGCCUUACGGGCAAUAAGAAUGGGGCCAGUACAGCGGUGUGAUACCGCUACAACGUGAUUGGUUGAUGAGUUCGCAUCACGCGCGCGAUUGGUAGGCGUUAGCACGUAUGAAAAUAUUGAUGAUAUUAAAUCAACUGCAUAACCUAACACCUGUAACAGAAUGACUGAUAUUAACAUUGUUAAAAUAUGUGACGUAAUUUAGUUGAUCUAAAUGUAGGUACAGUCAGCAGCAAUACUUGCUAAGCGGGCGAAGUGAUCAAAAUUAUCUUGACGUGAAUUUAUUGUUAAGAGAAUAAGAGCGUGUCAAGGUAAUUUUGAACACCUCGCCCGCUUAGCAACUUCUGCUGCUGUACCAUAUUAUCAUGCUUUUGUAACACCUAUUAUAUCAUCAAAAAGACGUCCACUGCUGGACAAAGGCGUCUCUUGAAUUAAAGAGCAUUAGUACGGUCCUGAUUUAAAUAAACACGCUUUUGGGUGUACAGUCAUCAGCAAUAGUAUCUUACACAACUAGGGCC